AUGAUCCACGAGGUGUCACGCAGCGAUCGUGACAACUACGUCCACUUCCAGUGUGAGAAUUUCGACAGAUAUACCGACGCUAUUGCGGCAGCUAUGCACGACAACUCCGGCUGGACCCGUCUCGAAGCCCACACUGAGCUCUGCGAAGACCAAGACUUCGCGGAUCAAUACAACUUCCUUGGCGCAGAGUUCGUAAAGAUCGCCGGACAAGAUGAACCAGAGGGGUUAGACUUGGAUUCUAUUCAACUCUACACUUCGACCGAUUUCAUGGACAGAGUAGAGUGCUUUACCAAUCCGAAUGCUUGUCCUAUUGCGGCGUGGGAUGAAUGGGCAACCUGA